CUCUUGCGUCACUCGGCCGCGCCCUGGCUCUUCGCUACGGCCCUUGGUCCUGACCGCAGCGGGGGUCGCAGGUCGUCCGGGGCAGGCUCUCCUCGUCGCUCCCCCAUGGAGGAGGCGGCGCUCACGGUUGCAGCACCGGAUGCUCUCACCUCCUUCUGUACCGCGACGAAGGCGCUGGCCGCGCGAGCUCAAGAGGCGGUGGCCCGUGCGGCCUGUGUGGGCGUGUAAGCGGAGGUGACCAGGGCCAAAUAGUGGAGGGGAAGCCGCAUGGCCGGCCUCCAGCUGGGGCCGGAGCUACUCUGUCAGGGUUUAAAACUUUAAAUGAGAAUAAAGAGUAUUAUUUACAAGGAAAUGAAAGUGAAUAAGUCAUCUCUGACUGCUUCCAGACUUUUUUUCCUAAGAGACCAUAUUAAAGUUACAUAUUUGAAGAUUGCAUAGUCCUGCCUCCAGCACCAGUGCUUUCUCUGUUUUGUGAUCAAUGUGAUUCACAAGAACUUCUUUAGUAACAAACGAAAUGAUCCAGGGCCGUGGAAAAUAUGACUUUUACAUUGGUCUGGGAUUGGCUAUGAGCUCCAGCAUUUUCAUUGGCGGGAGUUUUAUUUUGAAAAAAAAAGGUCUUCUUCGACUUGCCAGGAAAGGCUCCAUGAGAGCAGGUCAAGGUGGCCAUGCAUAUCUUAAAGAAUGGUUGUGGUGGGCUGGAUUGCUAUCAAUGGGAGCCGGUGAGGUGGCUAACUUUGCUGCAUAUGCCUUUGCACCAGCCACCCUAGUGACUCCAUUAGGAGCUCUCAGCGUCCUAGUAAGUGCCAUUCUUUCUUCAUACUUUCUAAAUGAAAGACUUAAUCUUCAUGGGAAAAUUGGAUGUUUGCUAAGUAUUUUAGGAUCUACAGUUAUGGUCAUUCAUGCUCCAAAAGAAGAAGAGAUUGAGACUUUAAAUGAAAUGUCUCACAAGCUGGGAGAUCCAGGUUUUGUGGUCUUUGCAACACUUGUGGUCAUUGUGUUAUUGAUACUAAUCUUCGUGGUGGGACCUCGCCAUGGACAGACAAACAUUCUUGUGUACAUAACAAUCUGCUCUGUAAUUGGAGCAUUUUCAGUCUCCUGUGUUAAGGGCCUGGGCAUUGCUAUCAAAGAGCUGUUUGCUGGAAAACCUGUGCUAAGACAUCCCCUGGCCUGGAUUAUGCUGCUGAGCCUUAUAGUCUGUGUGAGCACACAGAUUAAUUACUUGAACAGGGCCCUGGAUAUAUUCAACACUUCCAUUGUGACUCCAAUAUAUUAUGUAUUCUUUACAACAUCAGUUUUAACUUGUUCAGCUAUCCUUUUUAAGGAAUGGCAAGAUAUGCCUAUUGAUGAUGUCAUUGGUACUUUGAGUGGCUUCUUUACAAUCAUUGUGGGAAUAUUCUUGUUGCAUGCCUUUAAAGACGUCAGCUUUAGUCUAGCAAGUCUCCCUGUGUCUUUUCGAAAAGACGAAAAAGCAAUGAAUGGCAAUCUCUCUAACAUGUAUGAAGUUCUUAAUAAUAAUGAAGAAAGCUUGACCUGUGGAAUUGAACAACACAGUGGUGAAAAUAUCUCCCGAAGAAAUGGAAAUCUCACAGCUUUUUAAGAAAAAUGUAAUUAAAAGGCUAAUCUGUAAUUGUUAUCAAGUGAAUUUGAAUAUCAGAAUGUGUCUGAAAAAGCAUUGUUCUCAAAAAAUGUUCUCUGGAGACAAUCUUUUAUAAGUUUCACUGAUUUGGACCAAGAAAUUAUUAUAUUUACAUGAUGGUAGCUCACUAAAAUGACCUCAGUACAUGGCCAAUUUCUAUUAACAUUGUAUUAUUAUAGAGGUAUUUUAAAUUUUUCUUUCACCACAAUCUAAAUGCACUGACAGUUUUAAGUCGAUAAAAAUGCUUUAUUUUUUCAUUGGUGAUUAAAAUCUGAAAUGUACAUUUGUCAUCCCCAGUCCAUCAGUCCCUGACCAUUUGAAGGCUUUUUGAUUUAAAAAGGAACAAAAUUUUCCUAGUACCUUAUCCUGUGAUUUACCUUACCUAUAAGAAUGACUCCUGUUUGAAUUUUUUUUAAUUUUGAAAUGUUAGUUUAAGAGAAUCCUAAGUUAUGAAAUGAAGAAAAACUCAAAUUUACCAAACAAUAAAGGGUAGGACCUUGCCCCAUGGGAGAUGUUUCUCACACUGUGACUUAUCACCCCACAUUUGAUGGUCUUCCUAUUCCUUGGUGGCACCUUGCUAAACCAGUGCAUCCUACAUAUGUCAGGCUGCAGCCUGACUAGUUUCAUUCUUUACUUACUCUAAUCCCUUGAUACUUGGAAUCUUGAUUUACCAUUUUACAUCAGCUCUUAUACUUUUCAGUGUAUUUUCAUAAUGAGUUAUAUUGUCAUUUAGAUCUUCUAACAACUCUGGGAAAUAAAGUCAAAAGACUAAUUUCUUAAAUUUAGCUCAUGUUAUAAUAAAAAGACAAAUUGAAACAGUUCUUUUCAAAGUCUGAAUGCUUAGAACAAACAAGGUGGUUAUAAAAUACGGUUUCUUGUACCCACUAUUUUACUUUGCUUUAGUGUUUGUUCAGACCAUUGUAUAUUUUGGUCUUUUAAAAAUGUCCAUGAAAAACUGUUUAUGGAAAAUUUCAAAUGUAUGCAAAAAAGGUAGACUAGUAUAAUGAACUCCAUCCAGCUUCAGGACCUAUCAUCAUAGCAAUCAGCUGGGUUUAAAAAAGUAAACCAUUUCCACCUAGGUUGCAGGAAGAACAUGGGCUUGCUCCCAUUGUGUUGCGCCUGCCCAAGGUAAUACAGCUUGAUCCCUACUGUGUAACCAGUCACCACUGGUGCCUCACUGUCCUUGCCAGGAGAUUGCCAGAGCCACACUGUAGUGAUGGUGUCCUGCCACACAGCUCUCCACUGGCUUUAUUAGGGCAGAGUUAAUGGUCUCCAGGUUUCACAAAAUAAAAUCCCUUUCGCCAGCAUUUUUUAAUUCUCUAAGUAGCCUUUGUAGACAUUUUUUUUCUAAUUGCCUCCCCCAUGUAAUCUUAAUAUCACAGAUGUACUGUGUGUUUAUGUACUAUAUAUCUGUACUUCGUACCUAAUAGAGUAAGAACCAAUUUUCACCCCCAUGGCUGUGAUAUGGCAUUCAGAAUUAUAUAUAAAUAUAAAUUCUUAUUUCAACAUCUUUUUAAUAAGGUUUUUUUUUUUUUUUUAAGAUUUUAUUUACUUGGCAGACAGAGAUCACAAGUAGAGAGGGGGAAGCAGGCUCCCCGCUAAGCAGAGAGCCCGGUGCGGGGCUCCAUCCCAGGACCCUGGGAUCAUGAGCUGAAGGCAGAGGUUUUAACCCACUGAGCCACCCAGGCGCCCCCUUAAUUCAACAUCUUAAUAGCACUGGAAAUUGCAUUAAUGUUUAAUAAAUGUUUAGAUUUGGUUUAUAA